AUGCCAAAGAUCACCUCAUUUGCACUGUACGACCCAGAGGUGUCGCUCUACAGCUGCCUCAACAUUUCGCAAGACGUGGACCAGGCGACGAUCAAGAAAGCUUACUACAAACUCGCACUCGCCCAUCACCCCGACAAACAGAGUCCCUCGAGUACUGAUGCAGAGCGGGAUCAGGCCACGGCGCGCUUCCAGCGGCUUGGGUUUGCGUAUGCCGUCCUGGGGGAUCCUCAACGACGACACGUUUAUGAUCAGACGGGCGAUGUGUCAGAGGAAGGCAUGGCAGGAUUUGGAGCGCAGGGUCAGGCUGCUGGAGGGUGGGACGCUUAUUUCAGGGAGCUCUGGGGAGGUGUGGUCUCGGAGGAGACUAUCAGAGAGUUUGAGCGAACUUAUCGGUUUUCGGACGAGGAGAAGAAGGAUGUGAUUCAGGCCUAUGUGACCUAUCGGGGUGACAUGGACGGGAUCUUGUCGGCAGUUCCAGUAUGCAGUUUCCAGGACGAGGAGCGGUUCCGUAAGAUGAUCCAGAGUGGGAUCGAUGCCAAGGUCGUUCGCAAAUAUAAGGCCUUUGGCGGACCUGUGGUCGAUCCCAAGGCCGCGGCGAGGAGGAAACGGGAAGCUGAGGCCGAGGCUGUUGAGGCCGAGAAGCUGUGGAAGGAACUGGGGCUUGAGCGUCUCAAGAAGCAAUCGUCGACGAAACGCAAGCAUAGCACAGAACCGGAUGAGCCACCACCAGAGCCUGGAUCGGAGCGGGAGCUGCAGUUGAUGUUGAUGGAGAGAAACAAGGGACGACAGAGCGCCAUGGAUGCUCUGCUGGAAAAGUACUCGACCCCAAACCCUAAGAAGCCAAAGAAGGAGAAGAAGCAGCCCAACAAGAAGAACGGUGCAGGAAACAACUUGCAGGAAUCCUCGUCAUCUUCGUCGUCAUCGUCGAUGGGGACACAUCAACACCAAUAUCUCCAACAGCAAACUUACAUGUACAAGGAACCGUCAGAGGAAGCAUUCUUGGCAACACAGGCUCAGAUUCUCAGUCGAAAGACUGCAGCAGAAACUGCGGCAGCGGUCGGGAUCCACCCUUCGUUGACGACCUCGUCCCAUAUCCAUCACCAACAACAAAAUCAGACGCUUCACAUACAUCAGACCCCGUCUGUGCACCAGACGCAUUCAGUACACCAGUUGCAUACGAUGCCUCAGUCGCAUCAUCUCAACGGCUACGCUACCAACAGCAACAACAACCAACACCUUUUGAACACUGGCAUUCACCCUAACAGCACGUACCGGACAGCCCAACAGCAGCAACAACAAUUGCCACAACAACAGUCGCAACAGCAACAGCAGCAACACCAUGUUCAUCAAUAUCAACAAUCGCAGCAGCCGCAACACCAGCGUCAGCAACACCACCCACAGCAGCAUCAACAACAGCCAAUGGUUGGUGGCUCUGGAAGGAAUUCUCGCCGGAUGUAG